UGUUUCUUCCUCCUCCCCCCGCUCUCUGCGCUCCGCGGCGCCUCCGUGGGAGCCCGCCGCGGCGCCUUGCCUCGCCUCCAGGCCCUAUAACUAAGUGGAUCCUACUGACCUCUGAACCACAAAGGAUAAGAGUGAAAAGAAGUGGGAGAAGCACACAAAGAAAAAGGAAGUGGAUGCACUUUCAUCUGGACUUCUUCCCUACCAUUUAUUACUAAAACUGAAUGGAAAAGAGAGACUUCUGUGCCUUUCCUCCUCCAGCCUCAGGGAUGGGUGGACUGUGAAUACAGUUUGUGCAGCUGGGAGAAUAGCCUGAACCAUGAAUCUUCAGGCUCAGCAAAAGUCCUCAAGCAAAAGAACUGGGAAACGAAUUGCCUAUUUUAAUGAGCAGGAAAUAGUUGCAUCAUCAAAAGAACCGCAGCAGCAACUUAAGGAAGGACAGUACUAUGGGCAUGGAGGGAAUAUACCAGUCUCCCAAACUAUGGAAAUUUCCCAUGCAGGGGGAUUAACAAGCGCACCCAACAAUGUUGCUUUGAUGAACUCUGUUUACAAUCAAGAUCGGGGAGAAUCGAUGAUGAUGUCCCAGCAGGUGACAGCAGUCAAAUGGCAGAAUUCAUUAAUGGGAAACCGGUUGCCAGAGAGGGGUGAUUCCCACUGGCAGUCUCCACCUGCAAUGUGGAACCACAGUAUGGUUUUUGGGGGUAACCCAAAAGGAGCUCAUUCCAACGCCAGUGCCCCGGGCUUCUAUGGCCACCCAGAAGCCCUUAAAAGAAAUCAAGAGAAAGGAGUGUUUGUGUCCCAGCUAGACUUGUAUGAAGAUGCUGUCCAGCAGAUGAUGUCUCAAAAGGCUCAGCUGGAACAGCAAGCCCUGGUCAGACAGCAGGCCCAGAUGAAUUCUUUUCACCAGAUGCAGAAACAGCAGCAGCAGAAUCAAAGUCUGCCAUUACAACCUUUCCAACUUGCAUUUGGUCACCAAGGCCAGAAGCAAGGUCUUCCUGAAUUGUUACAUGUCUUUCAAGAAGCCCCAGCUUCUUCCAAUCCAGCAUUUACUGCUCCACAAAAACAACAAGCUCUUCCCCAGCUACAACUGUUUGAAAAUUUCUAUCCUCAGCAGCAGCAGCAACAGGCUGCCACACAAGCCUACAACCUACAGCAAGCUGCUUCCAUAGCACAGCCUCAUGUGGCAGCUGCAGCACCUCAGCAUCACAUGAUGGCACACCAGUUUCAGCAAACAGAGAGGAACCAGGAACUGCUCAAAGCUCUAACAGAGCAGAACCAACAGACUGUGCUACCUCAGACCCAGAUUCCCUUUCCAAGGAGGUCACGGAGACUCUCCAAAGAAGGUGUCCUGCUGACAUCUGCAGGAGAAGUGUUGGCUUCCAAACAGGCAGAAGAACAAUCCAGCAAUUUAUUUUUGCAUCACUGGCAAAUGCAUCAGCAAGAGGUCCCAUUACAGCAGCCCCCUGAAGCACUGGCCCACAACAAAAGUAGCUGUUCACACCCCAAGAGAAUGGAUCUGGGGCAGAAGGACGUCCUCAUCAACAGCGAGCUGCAGCUGCGCCAGGCAGACAUAGACAGGCAAGGAACAGCCCAGAACGGUAGAGAUGGUGAGAAGCAGACAGCAGUGGCUGAAGAAAACACUCAGAGAGCUAAUGACUUUCUAGGUGUCAGAGGUGGAGUAAUCCAGAGUACACGAAGGAGACGGCGUGUUUCUCAAGAAGCCAACUUGCUAACUUUGGCCCAAAAAGCUGUUGAGCUGGCUUCUCUUCAGAAUGUCAAGGAAUUGGAUACUUCAGAAGAGAAGAAGAGUGUGCUAGUAGCAGCUCCAGGACCUACAGCUGCUAAAAGUGUCGUGGAAUUUGCCAGUUCUUCACCAGCUCCUAAAAGAGCCCGGGAAGAUAACAGCCUUGUGCCUCUUAUCAUUCCUGUGUCUGUGCCAGUGAGAAAAAUUGACUUGCAGAGCCUUGGAAAGGAGAAGUGUGAGGAUGGGAAGCUCCAGAGAGGCCAAGCAAAUGAUCGGGCUCCUUGUGAACGCAAGCCUUCUGUGAUAGUCACUCGGAGACGAUCUAAUCGUAAUACCAACAUGGAAACCUCAAAUCAGCAUGAAGAUGCUGUUCCAAAGGAUGAAGCAGAGGGCUUUGCCCGGAAACCAAAGCAGCGCCCAAGACCUGAGCCACUCUUCAUACCACCAAAAGCUGGCACAUUCAUUGCACCACCAGUUUAUUCCAACAUUACUCCGUAUCAGAGCCACUUACGGUCACCUGUCCGUCUGGCAGAUCAUCCUUCUGAUAGGAACUUUGAGCUACCUCCUUACACUCCUCCGCCAAUUCUUAGCCCAGUGAGAGAAGGAUCUGGGCUGUAUUUUAAUGCUAUCCUCUCUUCAAGUGGUCAUUCAGUUGCACCUCCAAUGACUCCUAAAAGUGCUCACAGAACUCUGCUUAGAUCUAAUAGUUCAGAAGUUACCCCUCCUGUUCUUACAGUAAUGGGGGAAGCCACCCCAGUCAGCAUUGAACCGCGAAUCAAUGUAGGAACCCGCUUUCAAGCCGAAAUCCCGUCACUCCAGGACAGAUCUCUGGCUGCAGUUGAUGAACAUAAAGCAGAGCUAGUGUGGCGGCCGUGGGGCGACCUGGAAACCAACAAAGUCACCCAAGAGAGUGUGGAAACUCUGCUAGCUGCUGCAUGUUCAAGCAUUUUUCCUGGGGCUGGAACCAACCAGGAGCUGGCGCUGCAUUUCUUGCAUGAAGCAAAGGGAAGCAUUCUGGGAGCUUUGACCAAACUGCUAUUGAAGAGGCCAGUACGAUCACCUACCCACCCUCUGGCAGAUUAUCACUACACAGGAUCGGACAAGUGGAAGGUUGCUGAAAAAAAGCUUUUCAACAAAGGCAUUGCAAUCUACAAGAAAGAUUUUUUCUUGGUCCAGAAACUUAUAAAAACCAAGACAGUGGCUCAGUGCGUGGAAUUCUACUACACCUAUAAGAAACAAGUGAAAAUUGGUCGGAAUGGGACCUUAAUCUUUGGGGACAUUGAUGUUACUAAUGAGAAGUCUAUGAAAGACGAGGCCGAAGUUGACAUCAAGAGUUCCCAUAGGUUUGCACGUGUUCUUCCUCUCAGAAGGGACAUUUUCAGUGAAGAACAGGGGCAUGUGGUGGAAGAAGAGGAGGAGGAAGAGGAGGCAGAGGAAGGGUUGGAUAACAGAAAGAAGAGUACAGUUCCCCUCAAAGAUGCACAGACAUUACAAACUGAUGUAAUAGCCAAUGAUGUCAAUAUAAGGAGUCAAGAGGCAACCAUCACGGGCAGGAUUGCAAGGAAGCCAAGGGAGACAGCAGCGAAGCCUCGAAAGCCUAUUAAUGCUCCAGUGCAGAGGAGGAGGCGAAAACAGAAGAUAAAAACAGAUGCUACCAGUAAAGCUCAGAACCAAGAAAACACAUUUCCAUGUAAAAAAUGUGGCAGGGUGUUCUACAAGGUGAAGAGCCGCAGCGCUCACAUGAAGAGCCACGCGGAGCAGGAGAAGAAGGCUGCCGCGCUGAAGCAGCAAGAGAGAGAAGCAGCGGCUGUGGCGGCGGCGGCAGCCCACAGCCAGGCCCAGCAGGAGGAGAGCAGCGAGAGCGGGAGCAGCAGCAGCAGCGCAAGCAGUGGUGGGAGCUCCGAUGAGGAUGGAGAAAUAUAGCAGCAAGCCAGAAGUGGAGGGAGUAGCAAGGCUGGACCCAUCUCCCUCUUGGUUUUGCUUUCUUGCUUGCACUUUUUCUUACCUGAGCUGACUUACAUCGGGUCUCAGUUUCAGUGCUGCCGUUGCCUCAUGCCACAUGUUCCACUUCACCUUGCCAGUACUGACCAAGCCAGAAUGGUGGAUGAAAAGAUUGUUUCAACUUGGAUUUUUUUUUUUUAAUUAUUUUUAACAAAUGAGAUUUCUAUUUUAUUUAUAAUGAUAUCUGAGGUACAUAACAGAACAAUGUCACCUGCAGUGGAAGUAAGUUCUCUCUCAGGUCAGCCAGACCUUUUGUUUUGUGCUUGUCAGGAGACAUGGUAACAGGACUCUUGGAUAUAAAGAUUUCCAGACCUAAACAAGAAAAAUAUGCUGUGCUCUGAGCUAACUGUAUCCAGUUACUGUGACACUGGUGAUUUCUAGAUAUUUCUUUUCUCAGCAAGUUCCCCGUCCUGUUACACACUUUUCUGCUUUUCUUUCUGAGAGUUUUCUUGGGCUGCCAACAAGUUUUGCAGAAGGGUGAUGUGCACUUCUCGGCUCUGCUUGACAAAAAUGAAAAGUGGGAUGAGCAAGAUGCUUUUUUUUUUUUCUUUUUGGGAUGAAGUUUUAUUUUUCUGAGGGAAGCCUGAGGUGGUUUUCUUUUACAACAUUAAGAACGCAGAAGUGGAUAUAAAAUAUCCUGUGGGAUUAGAGUAGCCACAGACCAUGUGCAGGUUGUGUCUCAUCAUGGAAAACAAAAUAGCUGGCCUUUGAUUAACUUCUUAGAAAGUAGUCUGGGCUUCACAAGUGCAAUUUGAAAUGAAAACUGAUGGUUUUGACUUUGCAUAAAUGGGAGCAAGUUUGUUUAGUGAAAAUGAACCAAGACCUUGUGCGGCUGCUGUGCUGUAUGUGCCUCGGAGAUGGGAGGAAUGGACUCUUGUGUCUGUCGGGCUUCCUAAAUCUCACCGUGAAUGGCUCUUACCUCUCAACACGUGUUUCUUUCUCCUAGCAGCCCUCACUUAUUUCUUGAGAUGGCCGUCAUCAUGAGCUUGUGUUGGUGGGGCUCUGGGUUUCUAAAUGCUUCCUGGCAGGCGGCGUGCGGCUGCACGUCCAGGAGGAGCUUCUCGGUUGUUUCCGCCCUAGCGACUGGGCAGCCCUGCUGCUGGGUUGUCCUGCUCUGCUGUCUCUGACCGCUCUGCUGGCUGAAACGCAGCCUCGUCCUUCAGAGCUGACACAAGCUAACAGCCAAAAAGCCAAAAAAGGCUGGCCACUAAAAGCCUGCUGGCGAAAGAGCUCAGAGGAGGUUAAAGCGGUCCAGGUGACGCACGCGUUAGAUUUGCACAGGAGUUUUCUGUAGAGGCCGCCCUUCUCUCUCAUUUCAUAAAGAAGUAAAGAAUCACAUAAUUUCCUUGCGCUUCACAGCCGGUCAGUGGGUUCCCGGGGUGCCGGCGGUGCAUCAGCCCCCGCGCGCGCCGCUCCGCCGGGCGAUCCCGAACGAGAUGGCUGCCGCCUCCCUGAGCAGGGCUCCAGGGUCAGUUACUGUGCGUGAAUGACAGCGCUCCCAAAUGGCUGAUUUCUAAAUCCUGAUCCUUCAAGCUGCUAGAUAAAUUCCCGGUAAUGAAUGGAAGGUGGAUCUAGCGCCAGCGUGCCGUCCGCCCCUCUUCUCCCGACCCGGGAGGGUUGAUGCAACCAGGAUUUGUUUCACCGUCAGAGGCGGGCAGGCUGUGUAUUCCGUCGUAUUUUCUUUAACACAUAUGCUGUUGCCUAGGCUCCUUUUUCCUUAAUAGCUGAAACAGUAAUUACUCUUACAAUAAGUUGGAGUAUUAGUGAGGACUGCACUUUUUAAAAAAAAGUUGACAUUUUUGCCUGUAAAUGUUCUAUUUUCUGCCAAUGCUGUAUUUUUCAUUCCUAACAAAAUUAGGUUUGUAUCAAUUUAGAGAUCAAAAGACCAAAUUCCAAUCAAGACCUUUCUGUACGACUAUCUAAAGCUUCAUCCCUUCCAGCAUCUGGAUGACUGUUCUCACGUGCCUGCACAAACUGGGAUCUUGUUGACCAGACUCUGGAAGCAGAUGGCAUGUCACUGACUAUUAAAAUCCAUUAGAAAACUGUAAAGAGCUGAAAGCUGCUAAUCUUUAAACAGAAGCUUAACCACCAUCAGUCUUCCUAUUAAGUUGGGGUGGGUUUAUUUUUUUGUUUUGGGGGUUUGACUUUUUUUUUGGAAUUGUAAAUUGAAGAAAAUGCUCGUUUACCAUUAUCCCAGAUCCCUUACAGAGAACAGAAGCUUUAGCACCCACUGCCUGGAUAGCCAGGACGUGAAGCAGCAGGGCCUUAUGAUCCACUUGUAGUGCCAGGGUUAACUCCAGUAAAAACCAAUGAUGCAAUUAAAUUUUAUGAUCACGGGUAUGUUUCUGGGAAGUUGCCAAAAGUUGCCAAAUCUUGAGAACUGCAGGAUAGUGCAGCAGUUCAAAAAAAAAGACCGAGUGGGACCUGUGAGCAUAUUUAUUAAAUAAAUAAAUAAAUAGGCUUUGAUGAUAAUGUAGAUGUUGUUAUGGUGUUGCAGUGAAUAUGUUAGCCUGGAGUACAAUGCUUCAGCUGUAGAAUGAUGUACAGUUAUUUAACAGAGAUUGUAAAGGCCUAGAAACACAUAUCAGUGAAAUGGAGAUACAGGUGGGACCCAAACAAGUUGAGAAACAUGGCAAACAUGAAGAUUUUUUUAGGUUGGAAGAGAGAUCUGACUAAGCUUGAGAACUACAGUAUGGUUGCUCAAACUGUCUUAUUUCACUGUCAUUGCUGAAACAGGACAAAAUCAACUGAUGUGUAAUCCUUUAGGGAAAAAAUAUGUUGCUCAUACUGGGUCAAACCAAAGGUCUGUCUAGCUCCAUGUCCUGUUCCUGACGGUGGUCAGGAGCAGAUGCUUAGGGAAGAAAGUACACAGACAGGGAACGCUUGGAGUAUCUUGGCAGAAAACAAGAUGCUAAGCUGGAAGGCAGUACUUGUGUUCUCCAGUAAGGCAAAGCUGCAGGUAGAUUUGUCCUUAAAGGUACUGUCUCCGUAUGGGCAGAAAUGUCUUUGCCUUUUACUCUUUGCUCUGUGCAUCAUAUCACUUGCAUUUACUCCAGUAGUUUUUGUUUCCCAAAGCGCACCUGGGUGAUGGUGAGCAAACAACAUUUAGUCUCGGCCCUCGGGAGUUUGCAAGGUUGCUGUAGCUUUAGAGGUGGCAAAGCAAAUUAUGGCGGACAAGCAACCAGUGAAGAAAAAUGGAAGUACACAGAUUUAAGGAGCAAAUCACAUGAUUGCUUUAAGUACCAGUUUAGUCGUCUUUUAGGCUUGAUAAUGCUUUAGAGUAGGCAUUAUUGUAAGUCUUCCUAAAGACCAGGUCUUUCACUGAUGGUCCCUAUUUUAGGAAAUCAGUAAAAGGGUCAUUUUUCUCUUUAUCAAGGAUAAGCCAUGGAGGUGCUAAUAAGAACAAAUCGGAUUUUUUUUAAUUGCACAAAAAGAUGUAUUUAUUUCACACUGAUGAAUCCAUUACUGGUUGUUUCUGUCCCACCCCACUGCAGCAGAAGCAGAUCUGAUGUGCUGCCACCGAAAGAAAGUCAAACAGGGCUUUUGGGGUUAGCACGGCUGACCCAGAUCAGGGUAGGAAUUCCACAUGGCAUUAAAUGCUCCAUCUGGAAAUGUUUCUGAGCAUGUUUACUUCUUCCUAGCAGCUACUGGAAGACCUUUUUCCAGUGGUGGUAUUUGGACAUAAGCUUUUUUUAAAAAAAUAGUUUUUUGUUUAGUAAUUUUUUUAAAAAAACCAAAAAACCAAACUUGCUGCACCCUUACUUACAGAAGCAGUUUGGAAUUGAUCUUGUAUCCAAAUUAGAUCCUGCCCACUAUCAACAGUGGCAGAGGUGUGUUGUUGUUUGUCCACAGUGUUUAAAAAGUAUUUGAAUGGAAUUUGUCUGACCUGGAAUGAAUUCUGGUACAGGUCUUUUGGUGAGGAAAAACACAUGAGCGUUUCUUUAUCACAACACUGUUAAUUUAAGACUGUUGUUUCAAUUAUGAUUUUAAAAAAAUGACUACUGUUCUGAUGCUUUGUCCAUUUUCAAGUCCUUUGCUUAUUAUUUUCCAACGUUUAAAAGCACAUUUUCCAAUCUCCGUUUAGUCUGAGGAUUUGCUCUGCAUUUAGGAAAAGGCGCUAUACCCUUCUUUGAGUUUGAACAAGGCUUCUCUUGAUUCAGCUGUCUUUUCUAGGGAAAAACAAUAGAAGACUCAUAGACUGCAAUUCUAUAAAUAUGUAUUAAAAUAGAUCUAUCUUUUAUAAUGAGAGAUCGGGCUCCAGGUGGACAUAAACCUAGCAGUUAGGUGGCUGUAUUUGAAAACCGUUAUGUAUUUGAGUCUUGAUGCAGGCUUGGCGUGUUGCAGAGAUGCACUGAUAGACGGGCUUCGGGUCAAGUUGUGUUUUGCCCUGACGGUGUAUUUUUGCCUGUUGUCUGCCCUUCGGAGCUGAACUGUCAGUAUUCAGCCUCUCGGGCUUGUGAUUUGCAUGGGAAAGCAUCUCAGUUUUGCACGACUCUGUGUAUAUAAUUGCUAGAUGCAUGCAUGCACUUGUGAUGCAAAUCUGAUGUAGCUACAGGUGUUUAGCUGUCUAGCUGCAAGAACAAUUCUGAUUUUAAUUUAUUCAACAUUAUUCCAUUUAAAGUCACAGGUGGUUUUGCUUAACAGGUAACGCUAAUCUGAGAGAACUUGGUUCUGUGCAGUUUAAAGCCUGCAGAAUCUCAGCUGGCUCUGCAGACCUUGGCAUUUUAACAGCUAGGGCCAGGUAGGAAUAUAGCUGUUUGAAGGCAGCAAGGCUAGAAAUCCUGAAGCUUACAGGUAAAUCGUCUGUUAAUCCCAUACUAGUGAUGUAAAGUGAGGCUCAAAUUAGCUAACAAGGCAUCUGACUUACAAACUGAAUUUUAAGGUUGGUUGUUAUGAUUGCAGUAAGCUUAGAUGAAAGUCACCGUGCAGAAAAAGCCACGAUGGGUGAGCUUUUCAGGGCCUCAGCAGCUGCAUCUUAAUCCUCUUUCGGGCAGUGGGCUAGGAAGUCGCAGUAUAAACGUGCCCCGCUCGGGAGCGAAUGCGGCCGGGAGGGAGGAGCGCGGCGCCGCGGCAGCCUCCUCGCUGCAGGUCUGGGCCCCGCCGGGCCGGGACCUUCGCUGCGAGUCUAGGCAUUACCGCUGCCGGAAACCUCAUUACAAACCACGUUCUCCCAUGCAAACUUUCUCCCCGUUUCCUCUUCUAAUGUAUGUCUGAAAGUUCAGAAGGCUUUAAAGAGAGAGAGCAGCAGUGUCUAAAAAUGAUGUUUGAUUUUUUUUUGGGGGGUGAGUUUCUAUACAAAUUCUUCACUUGGGUUCAGCUGCUCUAUUCACCCGAAUUCUCUCCUAUGUCAAAAGUAAGGAAGACACAAACUUUGAACCCGCAGCUGUCUAAAUACUUUCUUUCUGAAACUUGGAUUCCAUUGACAGCCGAGCCUGUAAAAUCCUUAACCUCUCAAGAUUAGAGGACAACAUAUAUAUAUUUUUAUAGAAAUGUAAUUGUAUAUUUUAAAAAACUUGUUUCCUGCAGCUUCUCCACAUUUAUUUUUCCCCUUGUAGUUCAGAUUUGAUAUAAACUUUUUUUGUGUGUUCAUUCUUUUUAUGUUCUGUUUUUAAAUUUGUAGUCAAAGCUAUGGUGUACUGUACAGGAGCAGUCGGCCUUUGUAAUUACUGUAUAAAUGCUUUAUAAUAAAGUAUAUUACUUUUAACAAGUGAGCAGACACUUCCUUUUGUGUGUUUGCUGCCUAGGGCACCUUUUAAAUGACUGUUACAUAUUAAAAAUGUACAUAUAUAAAUAUAAAAAUAUUUACCUGUUGCUGUACAGUUGUGAUAGACUGGACUGAAUUUAUUUUUUGUGUGCUUUUUUAUAAAAAUAUUAAUACACUAAAGGAAAUCUUGCUGAUGUGAUUGUAAUGUACUAUGUAACUUAUUUACUUAAU